CAAAUGGAGAACCACCGCUUUUAUUAUAUUUUUUUGCCCUAUAAAAGGGGGAAUGGCAGGGUGACGUGCAUGUAUUCGCCUAACCCAACAGCACACGUCGCUCAAAGUCGCUUGGCAAUUUCACCUUUUUCUUACUUUUCUAGAUUUUCUGCACUUAAUCACGAAGGUUCGAUUCAUAGCCCUUUACACAUAGAUAGAAAAUAGAGAAGAGAUAUGGGUAGCUCUGGAUUUUCAUGGAAAUUGAAAGAUCACCCAAAAUUGCCAAAGGGAAAAAUCAUAGCAGUUGUGGUUUUGGAUGGAUGGGGUGAGGCCAAUCCCAAUCAGUACAACUGCAUUCACGUCGCCAAGACUCCCACCAUGGAUUCACUGAAAAAGGGUGCGCCUGACAAAUGGAGAUUGGUGAAGGCGCACGGUAAAGCAGUGGGGCUGCCCACAGACGAUGACAUGGGCAACAGUGAAGUUGGUCACAAUGCUCUUGGCGCUGGCCGUAUUUUCGCACAAGGUGCAAAACUUGUUGAUCUAGCUCUUGCCUCUGGAAAAAUCUAUGAAGGAGACGGUUUCAAAUACAUUAAGGAAUCUUUUGAAAAUGGAACAUUGCACCUCAUUGGACUAUUAAGUGAUGGAGGUGUCCACUCUAGGCUUGAUCAGCUUCAGUUGUUACUAAAGGGAGCUAGUGAGCAUGGUGCUAAAAGAAUCCGUGUUCAUAUUCUCACUGAUGGACGUGAUGUUUUAGAUGGCACAAGCGUAGGCUUUGUAGAAACUCUUGAAAAUGAUCUUGCAAAGCUGCGUGAGAAAGGUGUUGAUGCCCAGAUUGCUUCCGGGGGAGGUCGCAUGCAUGUUACAAUGGAUCGUUACGAGAAUGAUUGGAAUGUUGUAAAACGAGGUUGGGAUGCCCAGGUGCUAGGAGAAGCACCUCACAAGUUUAAGAAUGCCGUUGAGGCUGUGAAGAAGCUGAGAGAGGCUCCUAAUGCUAACGAUCAGUACUUGCCUCCAUUUGUUAUCGUUGACGAUAAUGGAAAGGCUGUUGGGCCUAUUUUAGAUGGUGAUGCUGUUGUUACAUUCAACUUUCGGGCUGAUCGUAUGGUUAUGCUAGCCAAGGCACUUGAAUAUGAAGACUUUGAUAAAUUUGAUCGAGUUCGCUUCCCCAAAAUUCGUUAUGCGGGAAUGCUUCAGUAUGAUGGUGAAUUGAAACUUCCAAGUCAUUACCUUGUUUCUCCUCCAGAGAUCGACAGAACAUCUGGGGAAUAUUUAGUGCAUAAUGGCAUCCGUACCUUUGCUUGCAGUGAAACAGUAAAAUUUGGUCAUGUCACCUUUUUUUGGAAUGGUAACCGCUCAGGAUACUUUAACCAAGAAAUGGAAGAAUAUGUUGAAAUUCCCAGUGAUAUUGGUAUUACCUUCAAUGUCCAGCCUAAGAUGAAGGCCUUGGAGAUAGCUGAGAAAGCUAGGGAUGCCAUCCUUAGCCACAAAUUCGACCAGGUACGUGUUAACCUACCUAAUGGUGAUAUGGUGGGACAUACUGGUGACAUUGAAGCAACAGUUGUUGGUUGCAAGGCUGCUGAUGACGCUGUUAAGAUGAUCCUUGAUGCAAUAAACCAAGUGGGCGGAAUAUAUGUUGUUACUGCAGAUCAUGGAAAUGCAGAGGACAUGGUGAAAAGGAACAAGAAAGGCGAGCCUCUUCUUGACAAGAAUGGGAACGUCCAAAUACUUACUUCUCACACACUGGAACCUGUUCCUGUUGCAAUUGGUGGUCCUGGGCUGGCACCUGGUGUGAGAUUCCGCAAAGAUGUUCCUGAAGGUGGACUUGCAAACAUCGCUGCAACUGUUAUGAACUUGCACGGAUUUGAAGCACCAGAAGAUUAUGAGCCAACCCUGAUCGAGGUUGUUGACAACUAGGCAGCUAUUCGCGUAUCAAUUUAAAAUUUUAAUAGUAGGAGAAAGUGAUGGUGAGAUUGUGCAGUGUUUAUUAUCAUAAAUAAGUACUUAGUUUGCUUGAAUGCUGUUUUUUUCUCUUUCAGCAACUUUGCAUGUAAGACACUUAGGCGUCAUUGAGUUGUGAUUGGCAAUAAAACAUUUGAAGGUAUUAUUUA